AUGGCAACGUCGAGAUGGUUUUCUCUUGUUCAGCCGUUUUAUAAAUUAAGAGUUGUUCAUGGACCAGACCCGCAUGAGUCGCCUCGAUUAACACCGCAGAUGGUUACCUCAAUUCUAAAAAUGAAUGAGAAGUCGACUAGCCACACGGGAGGAAUUGUUAAAGAGGUUCAAGUCAACUACUUGCCGGCAAAUAAACCCAUUGAAGACCGACACAUAGAAGCCAAACUGGCAGGUACGAAUAAAUACCUGUUUGGGGUGUUUGACGGUCAUGCUGGGUGUGCUUGUGCCCAGGCGGUCAAAGAGAGGCUGUUUAAGUACAUCGCCAUAGCCAUGGCCAAGACGGAUCAGCUGAAUCAUCUCUACCAGGAAGGGGCAACAGCUGCAGAUAAACUGGUAGAAUACUUGCAGACAUCAACCGUGGAGAGUGUCAGUUCGGACCUGGCUGGCAUACACUGGCAAAGCAUGCUGCAGUUUAUACAGGACUCUAUGGACAUGUAUUGUAUGGAUACCAAUAUAGAGGAAGCUCUGACAAAUGCAUUCAUGCGCUUGGAUCAGGACAUUUCCACCGAGGCUGGUUUCCACCCUGGCGACGAGGGACUGUCAGCUGACCUUGUGAACAUAGCUUUUUCUGGAGCCGUGGGUUGUGUGGCUUUCAUUGACGGCUUAGAUCUCUACGUGGCCAAUGUGGGAGACAGCCAGGCCAUUAUCGGGAGUCACUCUACCGAGUCAGAAACCUGGCAUGCAUCAUAUCUCAGCCAUAAACACGACGCAGAGAAUCCAGAUGAAGUCAAGCGCCUGUUUGCACGGCAUCCUAAUGAAUCUAAUAAUAUUCUGAGGUAUGGUAGGUUGUUUGGUGAACUGAUGCCGCUUCGAGCUUUCGGUGACGUUCGUUAUAAAUGGCAGAAAAGGGAUCUCUUGCAUCUGAGAAAAAUUGCAGGCCAAAGUUCCAAUUCUUAUUUUAGCAUGUAUAAGGAUUUGAAGUUGCCAGGAAGAUAUCGCACUCCGCCAUACUUGGAUGCCCAGCCGGAGGUUAUUCGCUACCGAUUGUCUCCACGGGACAGGUUUCUUGUCAUAGCCUCAGAUGGUUUAUGGGAUUCGGAUGGCAUGACUGCAGAUAAAGUCGUAUCCUUGGUCGGCCACCACACAGAAGGUCAGCAAGUCUUGACGCAUUUUCGCCCCCCGGAAGGUGCGCUGCUGGGUACUAUCAACGAAACCUUGCGGAAACGGAAACAGAACCUAGCUAAAAGAGCUGUGGACAAAAAUGUGACGACUCACCUACUUCGUCACGCACUCGGCCUGGAACAUGGCCAGAUUUCUGCCCAGUUAGCGUUGCCAGAAAAGCUGGUCCGUGACUAUCGGGAUGAUAUAACAAUUACUGUGGUUUAUUUUGAUCCAGAGUUUAUCAUGGACUACUCACGCAAGCAUUAA